GGCACUGGAGUCUCGCAUCUGCCGGAACCGUGGGGUGCAGAGGCCUGGCGCCAGGGCUGCUGCCGGUGAGGAGCGGUAGAAGCCAUGGAUAUAGAUGCUGAAAGAGAAAAAAUAUCAAAGGAGAUCAAGGAGCUGGAAAGGAUUUUGGACCCUCAGUCUUCAAGUAUCAGCGUGGACGUCUCAGCUUCGAGUCUUGAUUCAGACUCUGAUGCAGAUUCACUGCCCGAUGAGGACUCGGAUGCUGCUGCUCCACUGAUCUCGGAAGAAGAGAGGUGGGGUGAAGCCAGCAAUGAUGAAGACGACCCCAAAGAGAAAGCUCUCCCUGAGGACCCGGAGACCUGUCUGCAGCUGAACAUGGUCUACCAAGAGGUCAUCCAGGAGAAGCUGGCAGAGGUCAGCCUGCUGCUGGCCCAGAACCGGGAGCAGCAGGAGGAGGUCAUGUGGGACCUGGCGGGAUCCAAAGGCCCCAAGGUGAAGGACGGCAGGAGCCUGCCCCCAAAUCUGUACAUUGGGCACUUCAUGAAGCCCUACUUCAAGGACAAGGUGACCGGCGUGGGACCUCCUGCCAACAAAGACACGCGGGAGAAGGCCGCCCAGGGCAUCAAGGCUUUCGAGCAGCUCCUAGUGACCAAGUGGAAAAACUGGGAAAAAGCCCUGCUCCGAAAGUCAGUGGUGAGCGACCGCCUGCAGCGUCUGCUUCAGCCCAAGUUACUGAAACUCGAGUACUUGCACCAGAAGCAGAGCAGGGUCACAAGUGAGACCGAGAGGCAGGUCCUGGAAAAGCAGGCCAGGGAGGCCGAGAAGGAGAUCCAGGACAUCAAUCAGCUCCCAGAGGAGGCCUUGCUGGGGAGUAGGCUGGACAGCCACGACUGGGAGAAAAUCUCCAAUGUUAACUUUGAAGGAGGUCGCAGUGCAGAAGAGAUCCGCAAGUUCUGGCAGAACUGUGAGCACCCGAGCAUCAACAAGCAGGAGUGGAUGGGGCAGGAGGUCGAGCAGCUGAAAGCCAUCGCGGCCAGGCACGGCCACCUGGACUGGCAGAAGAUUGCUGAGGAGCUGGGGACCUGCCGCAGCGCCUUCCAGUGCCUGCAGAAGUAUCAGCAGCACAACAAGGCCCUGAAGCGCAAGGAGUGGACGGAGGAGGAGGACCACAUGCUCACCCAGCUCGUGCAGGAGAUGCGUGUCGGCAGCCACAUCCCCUACCGGAGGAUCGUCUACUACAUGGAAGGGAGGGACUCCAUGCAGCUUAUCUACCGGUGGACCAAGAGCUUGGAUCCCAGCCUGAAGAAAGGAUUCUGGACGCCAGAAGAAGAUGCCAAGUUGCUUCAAGCAGUUGCCAAAUACGGGGAGCAGGAUUGGUUUAAAAUCCGGGAAGAGGUGCCAGGUAGGAGCGAUGCCCAGUGCCGAGAUCGGUAUCUCAGAAGGUUACAUUUUAGCCUGAAAAAGGGACGAUGGAAUUCCAAAGAAGAGGAAAAGUUAAUUGAAUUAAUAGAGAAAUACGGUGUUGGUCACUGGGCAAAAAUAGCCUCUGAACUACCCCAUCGGACGGGCUCGCAGUGCCUGAGCAAGUGGAAGAUCAUGGUCAGGCAGAAGCAGCGGCGGGGGGGGCGGCGGCGGCGGCGGCCCCUUCGCAGAGUGCAGUGGAGCUCCAGCAGCGAGGACAGCAGCCGUGGGCCCGGCAGCAGCAGCAGCGGCAGCGGCAGCAGCAGCAGCAGCGAGGACUCGGAGCCAGAGCCGGAGGAGGCCCUGGAGGAUGGCCCGGUGCUGCCGCCAACCCCGCACGCUGUGCCGGACUUGGACCUGUGGGUUCCCGCCAGGCAGAGCGCCAAGGAGCUGUGGGGAGGAGGAGCAGGGGGCCGGCCGGGCCGCUGCGCUGCCUCCCCCAGCCCUCCUGGUGGCUCCAGCACGGCCCAGGGUGGGGGCAGAAGAGCUUGCACCACAGCCUCAGCCCCCACAGAGGAGGCCGGCCGGCCGCAGGCCGCUGCUGGGACCCAGAGCCCUGGCCAGAGAGGUGUCGGAUGUCCGCGCUCGUCAGAUGCUCACCCCUCGAGCUCAGAGACAGACGAGGGGGGGAGACACCCGCUCACAGUGCCCUUGGAGACAGUGCUGCAGGUGCUCAGGACCAACACGGCUGCCCACUGCCGGGUGCUGAAGGAGAAGCGGAGGCAGCCCAGCCCCAAUGGCAGUGGCGUGGCCAGGCCCCGGGUGCAGCCGCUGUGGCAGGGUACCAUGGGGAGCAAGCGGCGGCGCCAGAGACACGCCCUGCAGAGGAGGCUCCUAGAGCGCCAGCUUCUGAUGGCUGUGAGCCCGUGGGUGGGCGAUGUCGUCCUGCCGUGCGCUCCCCUGAGGCCUGCCAUGGUGCACAGUCAAGCUGAUGGCAUCAGGCAGCGGCUGCGGGGCGCCCACCUGGCCAGCACCCCAGUGUUUACUCUCUUUAUUCAGCUGUUCCAGAUCGACACUGCCGGCUGCAUGGAGGUCGUUCGAGAGAGGAAGGCCCAGGCUCCCACCCAGCUCCAGGCUGGUGCCCGGGCCCUGCCGCCACAGCUUCUGCAGAUGCCCUCGAGUGCCCAGAACACCCAAGGCUGCCUCUUGCAGAAUGUGCCAGCCCGCGGAGUUGCAAAGAAGAGUGCCAGCCAUGAAGAGGGUGCAGCACUGCAGCCUCACCACGCCAAGCCCACUGCACGGGUGCCCCCGCCAGCUCUGAGCGGACCCCGGCCCAAGCCCAAAACUGUGUCUGAGCUGCUUCGGGAGAAGCGGCUGUGGGAGGCCCGAGCCAGGAAGGCUGCCCAGAGCCGGGUGGUUCUCCCGCCCCAGGUGCUGGUCUCCUCACCCGUGGUCCUCCAGCCGCUGGCCCCUCAAGGCCCCCCUGUGUCAAAUGCAGUGCUCUCUGGGCCCGGGGGCCCUGCAGUGGCCAGUCUGAGUGCUCCAGGCUCCUGGGCCUCAGCCUCGGAUGAGAGACCCCCGUCUCUGCAAGCCUUUGCCCUCACCCCAGCCUCCACGGGAGCCAGGAUGACCCCAGCUGCAUCCAGGGCCCCAGCUCUGGGCCCCAGCCAGGGCCCUGUGAGCCACCACCUGAGCCUCCUCGGACAGUCUCAGGCACCUGCCACGUCCCGGAAGCAGGGCCUGCCCGAGGCACCUCCCUUUCUCCCUGCAGCCCCCAGCCCUGCUCAGCUGCCUGCCCAGCCUCUCAGCCUGAUCCCAGCUCUGGGCACACACGGGGCCAGCACCCCUCUGCCUGUCACCUGGGUGCUCACAGCCCAGGGGCUGCUCCCUGUGCCUGUGCCAGCUGUGGUGGGCCUUCCGACGUCAGCAGGGACCCCUGACCCCAGAGGGCUGUCGGUGACUCCGCCACCCUCCCUAACUGAGCCUCCUGCAGCCCAGGGCCCUGGACUCUCUGGGCAGCCCCCAGCCAACAUGGACACAGCGUCAGACCCUCCCUCAGGGACAGACCUCUUGACCCUUCCGAGGCCCUCCACAUCCCAAAGCCCUACAGAGGUGGACAGCACCAGGGCCCAGGACCCUGAGGGACUCUCCUCCCCCCCAGAGGUCCAGGUAGCUGGGGAGACAGCUGUGCCCAGGACAUUCUCCCAGGCCAUGCUGCUGGCUCACCACCCUGAAGCAGAGCCCUCCCAGUCUAGCCAGCUGCCUCUGUCAGGUGGCAGUGGCCCAGGAGAGACACCAGGGCCCGGGGAGCCCAGGAGGCCUCAGCCUGGGCCUGAGAAGGGUGCCCUGGACCUGGGCCUUCUCUCCCAGGAGAGCGAGGCAGCCGUGAGGGAGUGGCUGAGGGGACGGUGUGGGGUGUGUGUGCCCCCGCUGGGGAGCAGGCUGCCCUACCAGCCCCCGACCCUGUGCAGCUUGCGGGUGCUAUCUGGCCUCCUACUCCGCAAGAAGGACCUAGAACAGCGAGCCGCUGCCCUUGUGCCCGGUAGGGCAGCCGGAACCCUGCAGGCCUCGCUGCAGCAGGCGCGGGAGCGGCUCCAGGACAGCCCGGCCCAUCUGCUGCUGAAGGCGCGGUUCCUGGCGGCCUUCACCCUCCCCGCGCUCCUGGCCACCCUGUCCCCGCCCAGUGUCCCCACCACCUUGUCAGCAGCCGUGAGGGCUGAGCCUGAGAGUGACGACGAUGAUGUCCACAAGGACGACAGUGGGCAGCAGAGGGGCUGGGCGAGCAGUGCCCACGCCAGCCCCGCCCAGGGAGCCCCAGACCAGGGCCAGGGCUCUGCCCCCUCCUGUCUGGACGGCUCUGACGACCUUGACGUACUCAGGACCCGGCAUGCCCAGCACGCCCGAAAGCGGAGGAAGCUGGUGUGAGUGGUGGGGACUGCCCGGGCCAGACCUCCACCGCUGCUGCCAGCAGGACUGGGAGCCUGUGCCUACCCCGCAGGACGCUGACGGAGGCUUUGCCGACAGUGACCACGUUGUGACCGGCUCAGCUGGUCCCUAAGUGCAGAUCAGAAUAUUGGAAGAAAUAAAGAAAUGUCCUGGUUUUUUUAAUUAAAAACAAGCCAUGCAGGG